AUGUCGUUCGAUCUUGAUCUGAGUCCGCCAAGUGCGGAGCUGCUUGAGGUGGCCCGUCAGGAACUUCGCGAAACUCCCGAAGUGCGAGCCGCAGCCAUAGUCGAGCUAAGAAAACUACUCGAAGCUGCCACGGAUUUGUACUUCCCAAGUGAUGACGAUUUUCUGCUGAUUUUCCUGCGGCCAACACAUUUCUAUCCAGAGAGUGCAAUCAAACUGAUGCGCAACAUGGCCGAAUUCAAGAAGGCACAUUCCGAUCUGCUGAAAGAUCUUCUUCCGGAGGAUUUGAAGAACGACAUCAUCAACAACAACGUCGUGUCGGUGUUGAAGGAACGCGACCAGAAGGGACGCCGAAUGAUGAUCGUCCGCAUGGGUGACGUUUGGGAUCCAAAAUCGAUCAGCGAGGAUAAGGUUUUUGCCAUCCUGUACACCGUACAAAAGCUGGCCGUUAUGGAGCAGAGCACCCAGAUCAGCGGAGCGGUUGUGAUUUACGAUUUCGAAGGUCUUGGCAUGAAGCAGGUCAAAGGAAUGUCGCCCAGCGCCGCUAAGCGGCUGCUUACCUUCAUACAGGAGGCAGCUCCGCUGCGCAUGAAAGCGGUCCACUUCGUUAAGGAACCGAUGCUGUUCAACAUGGUCUGGACGCUGAUGAAACCGUUCGUCAAGGAAAAGCUGAAGGGACGGAUGUACUUCCACGGUGACGACAUGAAGAAACUGCACAAACAUGUUGACCCCGGCUGUCUGCCUGCCAACUACGGAGGAACACUUCCGACACUGGACUACGGUUCGAAGGAUUGGUACCCGACGAUGGAAAAGCACACCGACUUUAUCAAGAAGUUCAACACAGCUGGAUUCAAGUAG